AUGGCGACGACGACGACGCACGGGACGCGCGUUUACGACGACGACGCCGGCGAUCGACCGCGACGAUCGUAUCCGCACUCGACGUCGAGGUCGACGACGACGGUCGCGGCGCACGCGCCGUCGAGCGCGCACGCCGAUGGGUACCGAUGGCGCAAGUACGGGCAAAAGAACAUCAAGGGAUCGUCGUUUCCGCGGUCGUAUUACCGGUGCACGGAGCGAGGGUGUCCGGCGAGGAAGAAGACGGAAUUGCGACGCGCGAGUGAGGAUGGAGAAAUGGAGACGGUGGUGUGCUACGAGGGCGAACACACGCACGCGAAACCGAGCGGGGGUGGCGGUCGGGCGGAGACGCUCGCGCCCGGGUCGACGAAAUCUUUCGGGACGCGCGCGAGCGGAGAUUCCACGGCGACGAACGCGCGACGAGGGACGACGCGAUUUCACGACGUCUGCGGAGGAGGAGGAGGAGGAGGAAAAUCUUCGAGCGGGCAAGCGACGGAGAGCGACGCCGAAGACUCCGCCGCGAGCGAAGAAGAUUCCACUCGAACCGCGGUCGAGCACGACGAAACCGAAGCGCUCGGCGUCAGGAAAAUCGCGAAGUGGUCGUCGAUUACUGACGACGUCCAGCGGAUCCGGACAGUCCGCGCGCGAGCGCCGAGAAUCCUCGUGCAGCGCCGUCGCGGCGAAGAAGCCGAGACGCGCCGUGAAUCCGCUGAGCCCGUCGUUCGCCGCCAUGGGUGA